GAUGCCGCAUUCGUUUCUCGGUCGCGUUCGCGAACGCUCACGGUUCAGAUUGAGGCUCAAACUCUACGUAAGUUAGAGCAGUUACGACCCGCGUGCGAUAGAGACACUUUUCGAGCGGGUUUUUUUCGCGUGCAAAAGCGACCUUUUUGGCGAACUUGUUUGUGUCUUUUUUUUUUCACUGUUUUUGUUGACUUUAAUUACAAUUUUUAAAAAAAAAGUUUUAGUGUAGUUUGGACUAAGGAAAGUGCUGAUUUUGGGAGCUUAAGAGGAGACUUUGUAUUGGUUUUUGUUAAAAAACGACAGUCAAUCCAUGGAUUUAUAUAACUUAUGGCCAAACAAAAGAAACAUAAGCUACUUUUGACCAAAGAAGGCACAAUCUAAUAUAACUAUGGACAGUUUCCUGUUAUUCUGCCUCCUCUUGGUUUCGUGUCUGAGGCCAUCAUGGGGCUCCCUGCAGCACAACAUGACCAUGCCGGAUAUGGAUCUCGAUUUUUCCGGUUUGAACAGUGAUGAAUCAGAGUCUGAAUUAUCGUCGCAACUUCAAGAAAUCGACGAAAGAUCUAACGGGUGGUCAGGGUGGUCGUCGUGGUCUCCUUGCUCUAGGUCCUGCGAUGGAGGUGUCGUUCACCAGAUCAGGACCUGCAGAAAUGGACCUUGUCGAGGGGACCAUGUGCGAUAUAAAAUUUGCAACAUGCAGCCAUGUCCGGACUCCCCACCGGAAUUCCGGGCCGAACAAUGCGCCUCAUUCGACGAUUUACCCUUCGAGGGUGGCAUGUACCGGUGGCAACCCUUCUACGACGACGACGAGCCUUGUGCCCUCACGUGCAAAGGGAAACUGAAGGGAGCAUCCGAUGACGCUCUCCUGGUGGUUGCUCGACUCCAGGAAAAAGUCCAUGACGGUACCAGGUGUAGACCGGGAAGUCUGGAUAUGUGUAUCGAUGGGAGAUGUGAGAGGGUGGGAUGUGACUUAAAAAUCGGCUCAGAGAAACAAGUGGACGAGUGUGGAGUUUGUGGAGGUGAUGGAUCUACGUGCGCCAAACCGCUCUACCAUUGGGCCCUCACUCAUGCUUCUCUAUGUAGUGUUACAUGCGGAGGAGGCUAUAAGAUGUCAAGACCAGUUUGCCAAAACCGAGUAACCGGGGUCGAAGUGGAGGAAGAACUUUGCAAUGACUCUCAAAAGCCUGAUUCUACUGUAGUGGAGUGCAAUACACACACUUGUCCACCAAGGUGGCAUGUCGGUGAAUGGGGAGCAUGUUCUACGAGCUGCGGAGGUGGAAUUCGACUACGUCCCGUCUACUGCGUAGAAGAAAUGAACGGCACUAAAUUAAGGGUGGACGAAUCGAAGUGCAAUGGCGGCCGUAAACCGUGGUUUCAAGAGGCCUGCAAUCGGAUGGAUUGUCCCACGUGGUUCACCAGCAAAUGGUCCGGGUGUUCAGUAUCUUGUGGCGAAGGCAUUCAAACCAGAAUGGUAGAAUGUAAAGACACCUCGGGCGAGCACAGCGAUCUCUGCGACGUAAAAAUCAGACCGGAAACUACUCAAGCCUGCUCCACUGGUAUCACUUGCCCUUUCAGGGUGGACACUAGCGAGGAACUCUUACCAGGUUUGUAUCAAACUCCUCUGGAACAAACGUUUCCGGCCCCACCGAUGCCCGAGAGACUAGUGGGAGGACACGUGGUACCAUCCGAGAGCACCACCACCAGUGGCGUACAAAAAUUUAUCGCGGAGGAGUGGAAUCCGUGCAGCGUAACCUGCGGGGAGGGUAUUCGCAGGCGGGAAGUUCAUUGUAAAAUAUUCCUGGAGUUUUCCAGAACAGUUGCUAAGCUGCCGGAUAAGCAGUGUUCUGGAAUAAAACCUGUAGAGGUCGAGAAGUGUUAUAGGGAACCUUGUACGGAACCCGUUGAAAUGGAAAAGAUUGAUGAUAUUGGAGACGAUCCCUCCAAUGUACAGAUAAGUGGGAGUGCUAGCAGGGAAGGAGGUGCCAAAUCUUACUCCUGGAAAGAGCAAGGAUUCACUCAUUGCAGUGCCUCCUGUUUGGGUGGAGUGCAAGAACUUAUCGUCAAUUGCGUUCGAGACGACAAUCAGAAAAUUACGUCUCCUUACAUGUGCCCCAUAGAAUACAAACCUGAAGUAAUCAUAAGGUCUUGUAACGAGCACGCUUGUCCCCCGAGAUGGCAAUAUGGUGAUUUCUCCCCGUGUUCCCUCAGUUGCGGAUUAGGAAUCCAAACCAGAGAGGUGAACUGCGUCCACGAAUUGACCCAAGGUGGUGGAAAUUCGGUGGUGGUACCGCAUAAUCGGUGCCCUCAGCCACCACCGCCCGACAGACAAUACUGUAACGUCCUGGACUGUCCUGUAAAGUGGAGGGUGUCAGAAUGGUCCAAAUGUACAAAACCCUGCGGCGGAGGCGAGAAAUCCCGAAAAGUGGAAUGUAAACAAGUGAUGGCCCAGAACCAUACGGUAGAUCGUCCGUCAACGAUGUGUCCCAGCCCUAAACCUCUCGAAACGAAACCGUGCAACACUAAAAGUUGCGUUAUUGAGAGCGACAAGCCCCAAAUAAGCGUCACCAAUAGCACAUUCAUACAGCACGACCCUAAAAAGAAUAAAAUCACCGUGAAAGUGGGCGGGGCGGCCACUUUAUUGACCGGUACCACCGUGAAGAUCAAGUGUCCAGUGAAGCGAUUCGACAAAUCGAAGAUCCAGUGGAAGAAGGACGGGACUGCGUUACCGCACAGCAAAAAGUACAAGAGUUCGAAGAAAGGGGCGCUGAGGGUGCAGAAUUUGAGUUUGAGAGAUAGCGGGGUCUAUAGCUGUGUAGCCGGUAAAUCAAAUGCGAGUAUCACGAUAUCGGUUCGCACUAAGCCGGGGGAAUUUCCAACGUCCGAAGAAAUCCAGAAACACUAUAAAACCGACUUGAUUUCUGGGGUUCACGUGUCGCAAACCGAGGGAAAGCCUAAUUAUGCCGACGACCAGUCACACGAACAAAAACCUGACGGGGGUAAAAAGAACCAUUACAAAUUGUUCACUCCCACUUCACCGUCUUCGAGCCUCACUCUGGAAACCCACGCUAACGGUGCAAAAACCACCGAAAACUCCGAUAAUAAAAAGGACAAAGUUUCCAACUUGCCGUCGAGCUCAUCAGAGUUUCACAACACCCCGAAUAGGGACGGGGGUGGGGCGGAGUCGGCACGCAGCUCCGCAACCCGACCUACGUCGACGUUCGGAAACUUGUUCGCGUUAAUCACGAAGUUACAGGAUUUGUGGCCGUUUCCGAUUUUUAAAUUCGAACCCUUGCAAUCACGCGGGCAUCGCAUGGUCACAUUUCCGGUAAACACCCAUCAGAUCCCACCCACCACCGAUCAAACGAUGGUUGCCACGGCAUCGUCUGAUGAGGUCCAGGAUGUUGUCCUUGGAAAAGGUACCAAGGAGAACCUGGUGUUCGAGUGGACGUUGUCCGAUUGGUCCGGUUGCUCGGAAACUUGCGGUGGUGCUGGAUUACAGAAACGGAGUUGUAGAUGUACCGUAAAGUUACAUAACAGUACCCAAUACGCCGACGACAACUUAUGCGAAGAUGCCGGCAUCGAAAAACCGAAAACCACUCGAAAAUGCGGUUUCGAUGAGUGUCCGAACUGGACCGUCACCGAAUGGACAUUGUGCGAGAAUUCCAAGUGUUUUUCCUUGAAUAAAGCGAUGCAGCGAAGAACCGUCAAAUGUCAAAUUGCGAGAAACUUAACGCUGGACGUCAGCCAAUGUCGUUUUGAUGAAAAACCACAUCACAGGCAGGAGUGUUUUAAUGAAAAAUGUGUUGGAAAGUGGAAAGUUGGCAGUUGGUCAAAGUGUAACGCCAAAUGUGGCACCCUAGGAGAAAAGUAUAGAACUUUCCAUUGUGUUUGGUACGGCACCAAAAAGAACGCCGGCAGUGCCUGUAAAAAUGUGCCAAGACCCUUAGCUAGGAAAACGUGUAAAGGGCCGCCUUGUGAAAACACAGUUGGAUGCAAGGAUCUCUCAGUGUUUUGCCCUAACGUGAAAUCCUUGGACCUGUGCAAAAUAGUCCAAUACAGGCAACAGUGCUGCCACACGUGCAAAAAUAACGACUAAGACUAUAGGAAUUUAAGGCAUACGUAACGUGUUUUAUGUAAAUUGAUAAACAAAGAAGGUUUUUGCAGUGCUAAAUGAGGCUUAUUUGAAUUUGUUUUAUUUUUGGGACCAAGAUAUUUAUUACGCGAGCGUGACCUUAGGGCUUGGUUCAUGUUUAGUUUUUCUUUAUGACAGUGUAUUUAAACCACCAUUCCUAUGUAAAAUAAUUACUUAAAAAAAAAAACGUUUUUUUUUUGUUAUUUAGUUUUUAAGUAAUACGUAUGUUUUCAACUGUACAAAGUUUAACAAACAACUUUUAUAUCAGGGAUUUUUUUUAUGUUAUAUAAUUCGCAUGCGUUACCUAACAACAAACACUUUUUUUCCAAUAUUUAAGACUGAAUAAUUAUGUUAAUGUUAUUAUUUUAAAUUCUCUUAUAAACAUUUUUAGUAUAAAUGGAUUCCGUUGAAUGUCGUCUUUCAAAACUUAAGGGAGAUGCUUUAGUUAUUAAAUUAAAUUUCUCGGUUCAUAUUUAAACUGAAGAUCAAGUCAAUAUCAAUUAAAAACCCAUUUAAAUUAUUUUGAUCAAAUGAAUAGUUAAUGAGAAUCAUGGAUUCAAAGUUGCUACAACUUUCAUUGAUCUACUGUAAAUUUUAAACGUAAACAAAAACUCCCUAUACAGAGUUAUUAUUAAAUAAUAUGAAAUUUACUAAAUUUUACACUACUUGUGAAUCAAAUACGGUACCUACAUGGCAUAACUUCAUUGCUCUCGAAUUUUACGGUUUAAAUUCAAAAGUAAGAAAGCGACAACUCACGGAAUGUCCAUCUCGUUUUGUAAUAAAUAAAAUUUAGGCAAAAUUUAAGUCCGGUGUACAUAUAAUUUCGGACAAGCUUUAUAGAUGCUAGAAAGUAUAUAGUGAUUUUAUACAGUGUGUAGCUGCACCCUGUAUAUUUUUUUAUAAUAAAUAGGUGCUAUUUAUUUAUAUUUACCUACCUUUGACGCUUUUACAGGGGUAAAUCUGAUACCAAGAAUUAAUAGUCAAUAGUGUGUCAUAAACCCUUGUAAAGUUUCCAUACCAACUAUAGAGAUAAUCAAUAAUAAUAUACUCCUAUAUUUUGUCAGUAUUAACGGGAUAAUUAUUAUGUAAUUUAGAUAGUUCCCUUUGACCUACAAUUGUAUAAACGAUGUUAAAAAAAUAACGUUACAGCUUUAAAUUAAGAGAAAUACAGAUACAGAGCUUUACGAAUUAAGAUAUUUAAAAAUGUAUAAAAAAAAUACAAAGAAAAAUGUAAAUUGUAUAUAUUUAUUUAGACCACUAUCGUUAGAGAAUUUAUUGUUGAUAAACGAUACGCCUAAAAAAAAUAAAUAAAUUCCAUUGGCUUGACAUUGAACGUGUUUAAUUAGUUAUAAAAUUUUAAAAAAAAAAGCACAAUUACUAAUAAAUAUUAUUAUUUUUAUUGUUAAUUUUAAUGUUUAAAUAAAAUUGUUACAGUUUGCCUGCCUGUGUAUUUAAUACAAAGGCGGGGGCUGUAACGGAAGUUAUUA